AUGUUCUUGAAUUGUUGUCCUAAUGUUUACUCUUUGCUGUUAAAAACAUAAAUCUAAUUUAUUGACCCUGACACACUAUUACAGAUUGACUUAAAAGACUCUUAUUCAGUAAUUCUAAAGAAAGACUUUCUACACAUUUAUAAACAAGGAGAACCUAUUUCUUCUUUGAAGUUACAUUUUCCUAAUUUGAUUAAAUGGAAAUUUGAUAAAGGAUUGAUUGGAUUCACUAUAGAUAAUGAAACCUAUUUGACUGAGGAAACCUACAAAAUAAAAGAGCAUUUAAAUGGAAGAUUGUUUUUUUCUAAAAUUCAAGAUUUUUACACUCCUCUUUAAGUAUUAGGAAAAGGUAGUAGUGCUAAAGUGCUAUUAGUCAAAUCAAAGGUUGGGGAUACAUUUUAUGCUGCAAAAUGUGUUCCCAAGACAGAAUCAAUAAUUUAAGAGAUUGAAAUUAAUAAUCUGUUGGAUCACACGGCUUUUGUGAAAAUAAAAGAAGUGUUUUUAGGAGACACAAGCUAUUAUAUCAUAAUGGAUCUAUUGUCUGGAAAGAAUCUUUAAUAAAUACUUAAGAAUCAACAUACUGGUCUCACAGUUGAGUAGUCUAAAUUGAUUAUGCAUGUAAAUUAAUAGUUAAAUAGGCAUUAUUAAGUGGAAUUGAAUAUAUGCAUUAAAAAAAUGUUAUGCAUAGAGAUAUUAAACCAGAAAAUAUAGUAUUGGAAAAGAUAAACAAUCUUACUACAUUGAAAAUAGUGGAUUUUGGUUUAGCUACCUAUUCUAAUAUUAAGAAGUAUUAUAAUAUUCCUUAAAUUUAGAUUUCAAUAUCCUAAAUGUGGUACCCCAGGCUACGUAGCUCCAGAAAUUGCAAAUUUGACUGAUAAAAAUUAAAUCUAUGAUAAGAAAUGCGAUAUCUUUAGUGCAGGAGCAGUCUUCUAUAAAUUAUUAACUGGAAGAGAUAUGUUUUCAGGAACAGGAUUUGCUUAUGUAUUGGCUUAAAAUAAGAAAUGCCAAAUUGAUUUUACUCUCUUAUAAUUAAGAAAACUGCCAUAAGAUGCUAUUGUAUAUAAUAUUGUAAUCGAAGUUACUUUUAAAAUAAAUGUUACAAAAAGAUCCUAUGCUAAGACCGACAGCUGGGGAAUGUUUGAAAUUUCAAUUUUUCACAUCAACUCAAUAAAACGAAAUUCAUUCACCUGCACCUAGUACUGGUACAUACAAUUCGAAUUCUGCACCAUCAGGACCAUCAAAUGCACACAAAAGAUAAUUUUUUGCUUAAUAGAAAUAAAUGAUGUAGACUGUCGAUUUCUAAACUGAAGAAAAGACUGAAUACAAGGGAUCCUUUGUUACUAACGAUAUGGUACAAUAUCCUUAGAUGCCAAAAAUGGUAAUGAAAUUCAACACAACUGAAUUUGAAACAAUAUGA